AUGUUGUCCAUUCUGAGAAAAGCCCGACUGAAGGACAAGGAGAUGCGUAUAUUGAUGCUGGGACUCGACAAUGCCGGCAAGACGACCAUCGUGAAGAAGAUCAUGAACGAGGAUGUCAACAGCGUCAGCCCGACGCUGGGCUUCAUCAUCAAGACGAUCGAGUACGAAGGUUACAAACUCAAUAUAUGGGAUGUCGGCGGUCAGAAGACGCUGCGCACGUACUGGAAGAACUACUUUGAGAAGACGGACACGCUUAUAUGGGUCGUCGACUCAACGGACCGCGAGCGCACCGACGAUUGCCGCCGCGAGCUGAAAGGGCUUCUUCUGGAGGAGCGGCUGAUGGGCGCAAGCCUGCUCGUCUUCAAGAACAAGAGCGAUGUUCCUGGGUCAAUGAGCGAUGACGAGAUCCGUCAGGGGCUGGAGCUCGACAGCAUCGCCACGCACAAGUGGACCAUCAUGGCGUGCAGCGGCAUGACGGGCCAGAAUCUGGAGGAGGGGCUGCGAUGGGUGAUCCAAGACGCCAGGGACCGGCUGUUCCUGUUCUGA